GCAGCUUAGAGACCUGAUACAAGAGUCAGACCCAGAGAAGAGAAAGGGAUACAAAUAGCUCAGUAACAAUUACAUUUAUAUAUUUCUCUCUGACCGCUGAACUAUUUCUCCCUUUUUUUCCAGAUGAUCGCGGGGCUGUGGUUGUUCACCUUCCUCGCAGGGGCUGUAAAAGGUGGGGAGGUUUGUUAUUCCAGGAUCGGAUGCUUCCCAGACAGUGUCCCCUGGGCAGGAACAGUGGAGAGACCAAUAAACCACUUACCCCAAUCUCCGGAAAAGAUCAACACUCGUUUCCUCUUAUUCACUCAGCAGAAUCCCAACAGCUUCCAGGAAGUCUCGGCUAUAAACCCCUCCACAAUCUCUGCAUCAAAUUUCAGAAGCACCCGUAAAAGUCGCUUUAUAAUUCAUGGCUUUAUUGACAAAGGGGAAGAGAGUUGGCUGCCAGACAUGUGCAAGACAAUGUUGCAAGUGGAAGACGUGAACUGUUUCUGUGUGGACUGGAUGGGGGGAUCCCGGGCUCUCUAUACCCAGGCAGCAAACAAUAUCCGUGUUGUGGGCGCAGAAGUGGCUUAUUUCAUUGACACCCUCACGAGCAUGUAUGGAUACUCUCCUGCUAAUGUACAUGUCAUUGGGCACAGCCUUGGAGCACAAGCUGCCGGAGAGGCUGGAAAGAGGAGGAAAGGGAUUGGAAGGAUCACAGGUCUUGAUCCAGCAGAGCCCUAUUUCCAGGGGACCCCAAUUGAAGUGAGACUGGAUCCAUCUGAUGCAAAGUUUGUAGAUGUUAUACACACAGAUGCAGCCCCGUUGAUCCCAAAUUUAGGGCUAGGAAUGAGUCAAUUAGUUGGCCAUCUUGACUUUUUCCCCAAUGGAGGAGAAGAAAUGCCGGGGUGUAAGAAGAAUGCCCUCUCUCAGAUUAUAGAUAUUGAUGGAAUCUGGCAAGGAACUCGUGACUUUGUGGCGUGCAAUCAUCUUCGGAGCUACAAGUACUACACCAACAGUAUUCUCAAUCGCGAUGGCUUCGUUGGUUUCCCCACCGCUACCUACGACACCUUUAAAUCAGGCUCUGUAUUUCCAUGCCCCAGUGGUGGGUGCCCAUUAAUGGGUCACUAUGCUGAUACCUAUUCUGGACUUAUGACCAGCGGCCAGAGAUUUUUCUUGAACACUGGUGAUGAACAGCAAUUUGCACGUUGGAGGUACAGGGUGACGGUUCAGAUCACCAGCUCUCAGGAUGUACAGGGAUAUUUCCAUGUGUCUCUCUAUGGGGUAAAUGGAAACACCCGCCAGUACGAAAUAUACAAGGGGACCCUUAAGUCUGGCAGUUCUUACACAGGGUUCAUUGAUGUGGAGUCUGAUGUGGGAAUCUUGGAUAAGGUGAAGUUUGUUUGGAACAAUAACGUGAUCAACAUUCUCCUGCCAACAGUGGGAGCUCAGUCUAUAUCAGUGCAAUAUGGAAAAGAUGGCAGAACGUACAAGUUCUGUGGCAGCGGCUCCGUGAGAGAAGAAGUCCUUCAGACCCUGAAUGCUUGUUAAAGUGACGGCAGAAUCAGCACUUUGAUGUUUUUAAAAUAUAAAAUAAAAAUAAAAAACUCA